AACKGGUACAAGAAGUGCCGCAGUGUAGGAAUGCAAUUGCACCUCCUUCGGUCCAUAAGGAACCAUAGCAGCAACAAACAAUGSGCUUGCAAGUCCUUCUCGUUGCGUCUCUGAGCCACCUCGCCACAAUUGCUGAUUCCUUUCACAGUCCCUCCGUUACCACUAGCACUAGGAGUAUCAGUAUCACUAGGAGUAUCACUAGCACCAGGGCAACGAAUCCCUUCCGCAGAACCCUGCCGCCCAAGCCCGAAMCCGGGGCCCCCCAGACCAAAACAGGCUUCCUCGCCAUGGCGCCCGGUGCGACCGCCCCGCAGCAGGCGCGAAAGAAGCGCCCCCUGCAAUCCAUCCGGAGCAUCGUCCCGGACGACUCCCACGGCAGAAACACCGCCACCACCGGCGACGUGGUCACGAUCGAGGUCGACCUGGCCCCGGAGGACGGCUUUGUCCCGGAGCCCCUCUUUGACGCCUCGGGCGAGCUGACCCUCGUCCUCGGGUGGGGGAACUACCUCCCCGGGCUGCACGAGCUGCUGGAGGGCAUGUCGGAGGGGGAAUCGAUCGAGAACGUGUCGGUAGACGCCGGUUUUGGGAGGCACAACCCCGAAAUGGUGAUCAAGGUCCCCAAGGCGAACCUCAAGAAGGUCCAGAACGUCGACCGGAUCGCUCCCGGGAUGACCCUCAACCUCCAGGGGGGGAUCCAGGUGAGCGUUCUGGAGGUGACGGGGGACACGAUCACCGUGGACGCCAACCACCCGCUGGCGGGAACCAGCUACCUCUGCAACCUCACCCUGAAGCGCAUCGAUCGCUUCCCGUCGGGGUCCCUCGAGGUUCCACGGAACGAACCGACCACCGCGGACACCGCCACCGAAAAGCUUUCGCCCUUUCGGSUCGCCACGCUCGCCAUGGGCUGCUUCUGGGGCGUCGAGCUGGCCCUGAUGAGGACCCCCGGCGUCGUGGGGACGAGGGCCGGCUACUCGCAGGGAAGCCUGGMCGAUCCCACCUACGAGGCCAUCAAGGAGGGCACCACGGGCCACCGCGAGGCCGUCCUGGUCGUCUACGAUCCGCGCGUCGUGUCCUACGGGGACAUACUCAAGGUCUACGACGAGCGGCUGGCGGUCACGGCACCCGAGUACUUUCGGCUCGACCUCUUUGCGGAAGAGGACGGCGGGGAGGCCGAUGGCGAGACCGAUGGCGAGACCGAUGGCGCAUCGCCGGCGUCGCCCCCGGAGUCUCAGUACAGGCACGGGAUCUACUUCCACGGCGAGGAGCAGAAACGCCUGGCCGGGGACUACAUUGCCUCGAUCCGGGACAGCCGGUACUGCGACAUCGAGCUCCUCCCGGCCACGGUCUUUUACAGCGCCGAGGAACACCACCAGCAGUACCUCUACAAGGGGGGACAGGCGGCCCGGAAGGGCUGCCGCGACACGAUCCGCUGCUACGGGUGACCGACCAGCACCAGCACCCGCGCACACACMCACCACGAAACCACCAAACCAACCAGGCAACCCAUUAGAAUAUACCCGAGCCUGUACCAACCCGUGGUACUGUAUACAUACACACUGCACAUAUAGGACUACCCAUACGAAUAGAAAACGAUGUUUUGU